ACCAAACCACAGCCAGCACCUUCGGGAAGAUCUUCAUCUGAGCAUAAAUAGCUUCUAAAGCGUUAGCAACUAACCAGAGCUCUCUCGAAGCUUCUAAAACCUGCGGACCAAUCAUCAGCGAUCACGAAUCGAUGGACCAAGUCACGAAGCUGGUGUCGGAGCGGGCGGUUGUGGUGUUCACUUCGAGCAAAUGCUCCAUGUGCGACUCCGUGACGUUCCUCCUCAGCAACCUCGGCGUCCACGCCGCCGUGUACGAGCUGGACAAGGAACAGCUGGGCAGGGAGCUGGAGAGAGAGCUCGCCAGGAGGCUCGGCCGAGGCUCGCCCGUGGUGCCAGCGGUGUUCAUCGGCGGGAGUCUCGUCGGCGGCAUCAAUAAGGUCAUGGCGCUGCACCUGGCCGGCGAGCUAGUCCCCAUGCUCAUGAACGCCGGCGCGCUCUGGCUCUAGUGAAAGAAAACGUGCAUGCUGCUCAAGAAGAAGAAUUAAGCUAAUAGUGGAAGGCCUGGUCUUUUAUUAUCCUGUGCCGGCUGCGUGGCAAGAAGAAGAAAUUAAGCUAGUAGGGAUGUUCUUGUUAUUUAAGGUUUAGCCUCGCUCUGGGUUCAGUUUCUUGUGUUGCAUUUGCUACGUAAGCAUGCAUGCAACUGUAUUUUGGUAUUAUCAAUCAACUUUUGUAGCCCCUGGAUCAAUGCAUGAUCAA